CACACAACGACAAUGGAUAGGGGAGCAUCACGCAGCCGGAAACGCGCAGAGAAGGCGAGCAAGACAUCGGCGGUGCCAGACACGCCGGCACCAGCGCCCAAGCAACGCGACGUCAAGGCCCUCCCAGGUGGCUCGAAGGGCGGCAAGCCCAAGGGCAAGGGCAAGGCUGGGCCGAGCAGCAAGCCCGUUGGCGGCGUACACCCCGAGCGCGCCGAGCGCAAGCGCAAGGCAGAAGAGCAGUCGAAAGACCCGGCAAACUACACGGCCAAGGCGAUCCGGAGUGCCAAGGCGCUCGUGUUCUCGCAAGAAGCGUUCACGAUCCCCCCGCCGGCUGAGCGACUGGCGGGCGUCACCCGCGUCGACCUCGAGGGCAGCGGCGCGACCGACGUGUCGUGGCUCGCGGGGAGCAGCGUGACCUGGCUCAGCUUGAAGGGGUGUGAGGUGGUGGACGGGUGGGAGGCUGUUGGCGGGCUGGCGGAUCUCUCAGUCCUCAACAUCAGCGCCACGGGCAUCACGACCCUCCCCAAGCCGCUGGCAAACCUUUCCAAGCUCAAGGCCCUUGUGGCCAUGAGCAACGAGUUCAGCACGCUCGACCACGGCGUCGUGUCGGGCUGGAAGGAGCUCAACUCGAUCAUCGUGUCCCACUCGCCGAACCUCACGUCGCUGCCAGCGUCGCUGGCCGAGCUGAGCAACCUGUCAAAGUUGACACUCUCGCACUGCCCUCUCCUGUCUGCCGCUGGGCUGCCGGACCUCUCGGCACUCCCGCACCUGCGCGACGUAAAGGCGAACAACCUCCCACGGCUGACCAGCCUCCCUGCCCACCUCGCGACAUGGGGAACUGGCGUGAUGAGCAGCGACAAGGACGGUGCCCCUCGCCGCGGGCAGGGCCUCGAGGUCCUCGACCUCGGCAACUGCUCGCUGCCCUUCGCUGCCGUCUCCAAGAUCUUUGGGCUGGCCGGCAAGUCCAAGACGCCGCAGUGGGGCAACCUCCGCUCCCUCACGCUGCGCGCCAACCCCCUGGCGCUCGAGAAGGAGGACUACGCCGAGCUGCUGCAGGCGUCGGCCGACCUGCCCAAGCUCCAGAUCAUCGACUCGCGCCGCGUCGUCGAGCGGAAACGCAAGGGCGAGACGCCCGAGACCAAGUCGGAGCGGCGGGCGAGGGAGCGCAAGGAGGCCAAGAUGCGGCCCACAGGUGCGAACGAGACGGGCGGCGGCGCGAUGCGCACAUGGGGCAAAGGCGAUGCCGAGGCCGAGCAGCCCAAGGAGAAGAAGCGCAAGGCCAAGGGAGAGGAAGGUGAGGAGCGGAGCGUGGAGAAGAAGCGCAAGGCGAAGGGCGAGGACGCGGAGAAGGCGGAGAAGAAGCGCAAGGCCGUUGUCGUCGAGGACAAGGCCGAGGCCCGGCCCAAGCGAGUGCGCGAGGACAAGCCCGAGGCUGAGGCCAAGGCCAAGAAGCCAAAGGCCACGCCGCGCGUGGUCGACGCCGACCCAGAGGCGCCAGCACCCAAGAAGCGCAAGGCUGCGCCGGCGCUAGCAGCGCCCGCAGCGACGGCACCGACCCCCACCGACCCGUCGGCAGCCAAGCCGAAGAAGCCGUCGCGUAACGAGACGGCUGUGGUCGGCGUGGUCGAGGUCGGUGCGGGCAAGGGCGAGCGCCGGCCCAAGUCCAAGACGGGCGUGGACCUCAAGGCUGUGUUUGGCGGCGGUGUCAGCACUGGUGGUGGCGGCGACGACGAGGCGUCCGGCUCGGGCCUCGGCGUCGGAGGGUGGUAGAGGUGUUAGAUACAACAUGCAUAUGUCUACAUGUACUAG